AGUAAACGAUGAGAAGCUUCGUGUUUCUCCCGGGAUGUUUUGCUGAGCAGGUCCAGAUGUUCGGAUGUUUUCCUCUGGAAGCAGCUGGCUGCUGCUCGGCUCUGUCCGGGAGGAUGGAGCAUCAUCAGCAUCACAUGCUGCUGGACCUGCUCUCCUCCAACAUGGACCAGUGUUUGGGCCUGACGUCAGCCGUUACCGCCCUGCCCGCCCGCAGUAUCUCUGCCUACAAACUGAUGAUGGAGACGGGGAGCAGCGGCCUCGCAAUGGAGCCCAUCCGGAGGCGGAAAUAAGGCGCAUUCAACCGAAGACAAACACUGCACGGGCGGAAAGAGCGGGGGACAACUUUCGGAUGGGGACAAGGCCGAUAAUCUCCACUCCUGGCCCGGGAAGCGAUGCCUCUCCGCGGUCACUCGUCAGGGAGCAGCGGGCUGUGUCGCUCCGGUCCGGGGCUUCCCUAGUUUGGCAGGGAAGCCGCCUGUGAUUGGACCGCUGUGGAGGUAAUUUAGGGUAAAUGUUUUCUAAACCAUAAUUUUAAAAAAGAAAAACGCACAUAAUGGACCUGAAUCCGGAGGAAAUAGUCCACCUUUAACAGGGUGGAGCUGCGGGUUAAUAAAUGAUGAGGCAUUCCGCUCGGCACUCUGAUUGAGGCUGCUGUAGAUGGAAAUGUCCGACAGGAACUCCAGCAGUCCGAUGUUGUGCCUUAACAAUGGCACAGGUGCUUAUUUACCGGCUGGAGUUGCUGACGGCUGCGUUCAGUCCCGGCUUUAACACCAAAUACCCCGACAGUUGGCUGUUUAUGCGAUCCGACGCGCCGCUGCUGCCAGUGGGCUGAAUCGGUUCUCAUCGGGUUCUCCAGAACUGCGGGGCCUUUAUGUUUCUGUGAAAUAUGCCCGGGCCUCGUCCAGAACAAAGUGAUGGAGAGAAGAUGUUGUGAGCGCACAGCGGGGAAACCUUUCUGCAAUUAAGGCGCAGCAGCAGGACGAGCCAUCAUGUCUAAGGUGGUCAGCAGCAAGGAGAAGAAAUCCUUCAGCAAGAAGCUGUUCCGGAGGAGUUCGGUCCGAUCCGUGGGGAGCUUCAUGAACAGAGUCCUCCGGACCCUGUCCACUCUCUCCCACUUCGGAACCGACGAGCAGGCCGCCGACGACGAGAAGGACGAGGCGGCUUUGAUACCGAGCACCACCGGAGGCUCCGUCCCGUCCGACGACAGCGACUGCGGGGGUUUCCCCUUCGGGGACAAGGUGCCCGGUGUCGCCGGGCUCAAGAACCACGGCAACACCUGCUUCAUGAACGCCAUCCUGCAGUGCCUGAGCAACACGGAGCUGUUCGCGGAGUACCUGGCUUUGGAGCAGUUCCGGGGGGGAGAGGCGAGCAGCGGCAGCAGCGAGAAGGCGAAGCCCAACGGGGCGCCGCUGGUCCAGAAGAAGGGGAGCAGCCAGCCGCAGGAGGCGGGAGAGGUGACGGAGCAGCUGUCCGGGCUGGUCCGGGCUCUCUGGACCUUCGAGUACACACCGCAGCACAGCAGGGACUUCAAGAACGUGGUGUCGAAGAGCGCCCUGCAGUUCAGAGGGAACUCCCAACACGACGCCCAGGAGUUCCUCCUCUGGCUGCUCGACAGAGUCCACGAAGACCUCAACCAGAUCAUCCACCCGGACAGCAGACCCCCCAGCAAGCCGCCAGUAGAGGAGGAAGCCGUUCCUGAAGGAUCUCCGCUGCCAGCGCCUGGAUCUUUUGUUCAGGAACUGUUUCAGGCUCAAUACAGGUCUUCCCUGACUUGUCCUCACUGCCAGAAACAGAGCAACACGUUCGAUCCUUUCCUCUGCAUCUCACUGCCAAUCCCAGUACCUCACACCCGGCCUCUGUACGUGACGGUGGUGUACCAGGGGAAGUGUUCUCACUGCAUGCGGGUCGGGGUGGCCGUGCCGCUGUCGGGCACCGUGUCCAGACUGCGGCAAGCUGUGGCUCAGGAGACCAAGAUUCCCGCCCAACAGAUCGUCCUCACUGAGAUGUACUUCGAUGGCUUUCACCGCUCCUUCUGCGACGACGACGAAGACCUGGAGAUCAUUCAGGAGAGUGACUCCAUCUUCGCUUUCGAGACGCCUGAGCUGUUCAGGCCGGAGCAGAUCCGGUCCAAACGGGGUGGGACCACAUCAGGGAGCCCACAUGCAAACCUCAAUCAGAACAACCUGAAGUACGCAACGGACAACAACAGGAUCUCCGGUCAGAUCCCAGAGCCCAGCACGCCGCCUCCGAGCCCCAACAAGAACAGCGGCCAGACGGAGAAGAUCGUGCUGCUGGUGUGCAACCGGGCCUGCGCCGGACAGCAGGGGCGCAGGUUUGGGAAUCCCUUUAUCCUCUACUUGGAGCGCACAGUGACAUGGGACACGCUGCAGACAGAAAUUCUGGAGAAGAUGCGGCAUCUUUUGCGUCCUGGCGCCAUUUUUCAAGUGGGGCCCUUCACUUUGCGUGUGGUGGGAGUGGUGGGAAUCACAUACCUACUGCCUCAAGAGGAGCAGCCGCUCUGCCAUCCGUCUGUGGAGAGGGCUUUCAAGUCCUGCGGCCCAGGCGGUCCACCUCAUGUCAAGAUUGUUGUCGAAUGGGACAAGGAGACAAAAGACUAUCUGUUCAAGAGGACGGAGGAUGAGUACAUCCCGGAUGCGGAGAGCGUGCGUCAGGUGAAGGAGCAGCAUCUGCAGCCGCAGACCUGUUCCCUGGCCCAGUGCUUACAGUUGUACACCAAAGAGGAGCAGCUUGCCCCGGAUGAUGCGUGGAGAUGUCCACACUGCAAGCAGCUGCAGCAGGGCAGCAUCAAGCUGAGUCUGUGGACGCUGCCAGACAUCCUUAUACUUCACCUCAAGCGCUUCAGACAGGAUGGAGAUCGGCGCGUGAAGAUGCAGAACAUGGUGAAGUUCCCUCUCACAGGCAUGGACAUGGCGCCACACAUGGUGAAGAGGAGCCAGAGCAGCUGGAGUCUCCCGUCCCACUGGUCGCCGUGGAGACGGCCCUACGGCAUGGGCCGGGACCCUGAGGACUACCUGUACGACCUGUACGCCGUGUGCAACCAUCACGGCACCAUGCAGGGGGGGCACUACACAGCUUACUGUAAGAACUCCAUUGAUGGCCAGUGGUAUUGCUUCGACGACAGUGACGUUCAUCCCAUUUCUGAAGACGAUGUGUGCAAGCAGACGGGUUACAUCCUGUUUUAUCAAAGACGAGCAACCAUCCCGUCCUGGUCUGCCAACAGCUCAGUUGGAGGUUCCACCAGCUCUUCUCUGUGUGAGCACUGGAUCAGUCGGCUGAUGGGAAGCCGUCCUCCCAGCCAGGCCUCGUCUGGAUCCUCCAGACGCACCUCUCUGGCAUCUCUGUCCGAGUCCGCCGAGUUCGCCGGGGAACGGAGUGAGGACGAUGGCCUUUCGACCCGACCAGCCGUCAGAGGCAUGCAGAGGCAAACGUUCUCGUCACGAUCGUCUAUUGCCAGCCCUCUUGUUCUGAGUGAAAAUGGCACAAAGCCAUCCUGGUCUCACUCAGCCAAGCUCCAGCUCCGCUCCAACUCUCCCUCACGCUUCUCCCUGGAGUCUCAUUCCUCUCCGACUCUGGAACGGAUCGGAGAGGUGGUUGAUAUCCAGCCGACAACCCCGAGUUUCACCGGUUCACCUAAGCCAGAGAAAAUGUCUGGAGGGAAGUCAGCCCUCGCUGCAUUGGACACUAAUGUGGGAACUAAGAGGCUAAUAGAGCAGGGGCGCUUCAAGUCUGUGGUACAGGCAGAGCAGAGGAGCUCGAACCCAACAGGGGAAAACAAUAACGCAGAGCAGGUAAGUCCUCGACAUGGAAUACCCCCAAAGGAGGUGAAGCAAAGAAAUGGGAGUGCAGAAAGUGUUGGCAUCAAAAGGACCUCAGGCAAGACCGGGUUGGACGGUGAAAGAAGUCCCAGGAAACGGCCUCCCACUUCCUCAACGUCCUCCAGCUCCCUUUCCCCUGCGUCUCCAGCCAUCGACAAGUCGCCGUCUCGAACUCAGUCCAAGAGCGCAGUAUCUGCGUCAAACCCCAAGGACAAAAGCUCUGCGCCGCCUAAAACAAGCAAGGGAGGUUCCUCAAGAACAGCAACACCUUCCAAGAAAACAUCUUCACAGACCACAGAGUCAUUACAUCCUGAAGCGCAGCAGAGGAAGAGCGGCUCUCCACAGACCUCACAGCCCCAGAAGAGGGCAUCAACUAGAGAGGGGAGCGAGAAAAACUCAGCUGGGGAAAGGACUCGAGUAGCAGACAGAAGCACUAGUCGGGAGUCUUCGCGGGCGAGUGCCGUGUCGGAUAGGAAGGUCAGCCAUGGGGGGGCUUCCUCCAGGCUGAGUGCGGCGAGUCGAGCUGAAGGCAGGUCAGGUAGAGCUGUGGAGGAGAGGCCAGCGGGCCGGAGCUCCAGCAGCAGCUCCUCUAUGACUAGCCUCAGAUCCUCAAGCGUUGGGGUUUCCUCCACCAGUUCAGCUCCGUCAUCAAGGGGACCACGAGGGACCAGCAAGACGGAAGACAAAGGUCUGUCCUUCUUCAAAACCGCUCUGAGACCCAAGGAGAACCGCAAACCAGGCGAGACCGCGAAAUCGGACGCAAAAGCAAUCUCAGAAGAAAGUGGCGGGGACACAACCCAGCGUGCAGCAAGCAAGAAAGUUCAGAAUGCGGGUUCAGAACUGCACAGUUCAGCCAAAGAUAAGGAAUCCUCUAAAGUAUCCGGUGCAGCUAAAAACUCUCUGCUGCCCUCUGCAAAAUCCAAGCUCCCUGAAACGCAAACCUCGUCUCCAGCUGCCAUGAAGGACCCGGCAAAGAAAGAGGCGGCUAAAAAGACACUGCAGUCCAGGAAGAUCCCAAUCAAUUCCUCACAAAGUAGCCAGAGGUCCAAGUGAUUCCUUAAAAGUCUGAUAAGUCUUUCUGGUGCAGCUUUGAGGAGUUUUCCUUUCCUUACCCUCCGUCAAACAUCUUUUAAAACUUUUCAGCGCUCACUGAAUACCAGCUGCCGUAGAGGACGCGUCCCUGAAAAUUUAUUUAGGAAUGGAUUUUAAACUAAAGCACUUUGUAUGGAUUGCAUUGAUUUUAAAUAAUAUUACAGUGUAUUGUAAAUACGCAUGGACAUGUAUGGAAAUGAUUGCCUUGUUCUGUCUGUAGCACUGUUGGGAGAGGAACGUCUCCGUCGGAGCUGAAAGUGAAAAGUGACUUUGCACACGAAGGAAAGCAGACACAAUGGCUGAAACAUGUUCGCCACCAAAGGAGGUUUAUGGAGAUUUUCAACAUGCUGAUGCAGUGAAUAAUUUUCUGAAAUCACUUUGUACUGCUCUCCUUCAGUAUCGAGAGCCAUACGUCAACAACAGACAUCAGUGCCUCAGAUAAUCAGUAGAAAUAUUUACCCAAAACCGUUAAACUUGCAGAAAUUUGUAAUUGAAUAUAUUGAUAUUUACUAAGCACUGAACCUGUAAUUUUAAGUAAAAACACAACUAAGCCUAUUUAACCUGAACUACUGUUUACAUAUGCUCUUUGGUGUAGAAACUCUGCAGCAGCCUUUAAGAUGCGUUUUAUUUUUCCGUCCAGCCAAAAAUCGUUGAGAGGCUGAGAAGAGGCGCCACAGAUGUUGACCAAUCAGAAAGCUGGGUUUGCAGCGGCUCUUAAUGCUUCGUUUACAGGUGGUAACCAGUAAGUAGGGCUGGGCGAUACAGCUUAGAAAUACCCAAUUUUUCGCGUUCCAGAUACAAUUUCAAUAAAUUCUUUCUCACUUUAUUUUCUAAAAAAGACAGAAAACAUUUUCAUAAAGUGGCUUUUUAUUUCAGUCAUCCCUUCUACGAGUUGUACGACGGAAAAUUAGAGCGAGUUUAUGAGAAUUUUUGUUUAAUUAUGAGAAUAUAGUCAGAAUAUUGGAAAUAUAAAGGAGCAAUUUUGCUAGAAGAACAUCAAAAAUAUGAGAAAAAGUUGUUUUAAUAAGUAAAAAGCUUAUAAUGUUACAUGUCCAAUCAAACUUGGACAUGUAUAUUUUAUCGUAGACAUGACCUGAAUUCAAAGUCCAAAUAAAUAGAAGUUGUCAAACAAAAUGGCUGCUAACAUUACUCUUAACUAUGGAUUCCCAAGGAAGGCAGUGGUGGGAAAAAACACAGAUUUUCCAAAAAUUUUAUCCUCUUAAAACCUAAAAUUUGAUGAAUGGACAGAAUGUAUUUAUCGCCCAGCUCUACCCAUUUCUGCUCAGACAUCUCAUCUGUCGCCACCUCUGCUGGCUGCUGAAACUGACCUGAGAUGCCCAUGAUUGUCAUGAGCAUCCGCCUCUUCAAACUGCCAGACAUCUCAGAACAUUCCUCUCAGAUCAACACAGGGUUAAUGUAAAGAACAACCACACAAAAAAAUAAAUCAACACCACCUCACGCAACAGAACAACACAUCCAAAGACAGCUGGGAUGGCUCUGUUGAACACCAUAACUGUACAUAGAGCGAGCGCUAUGGUGUGUUUUAGUCAGCACAUCCUCUCUUCAUCACAGCUUGUGCACAUUUUUAGCUUGAGAGUAGUUCAGCACCACUGUGUUAACAGAGGCAGAGAAGAGUUCAUAGUUCUCCAAGUGUAUGGCAGUUGUUGCAUGAUACAUUGCUUAUGCAUGCACCCAACUAUGCAAGCAGAUUCAAUGAGUAUGUAGAAGUGCUACUCUUGGAUGUGUAUUUUUCUUUGUAAAUGUAGAGUUCUCAGAGAGCAUGUGAAGGCAUCCUCUAUUAAAGCUUUGUUUGCACAUUCCUCCAAA